UAACACCGUUCAUGUUUGCUACCCAUCCUUUGCACUCCACCGUGCGUAACCACACCGAAAAGAGAUAUCUACACGUUCGAAACCUUUCGAACAUGGGCUCCACACGCACACAACGAUGGGUUCCUUUCAGGCAGCGGUUUAAACGUGGGCCCGAGAUUCCGUUGCUGUUUCAUUUAAACUUUUGCAGUUCCGGAGUCGGACGUGCGUGCGCGUGUCUAAGGUGGAAAUCUGUAAAUCGUAUGUGGCAACAGUUUACGUAGCAGAGCGUUCAGUGGUACGUAAGUGAGUGGGCUCUAAAAAAACGGGGUUUGUUUUGUGUAGUGUGUUGUGCGUUUGUGGGAUUAAACAGUGCGAAGGGGAAGAUAGAUUUUAUUAAAUAUUAGUGCAUCCCGGAACACAUGCUGUGUGCAUUAUUAGGUGUGAAGUGAAAGGUGCAUCGAGUGUGGGGGAUAAUUGCAGUUCCCAGUGCACGUGUUUUGGUUCAAGGAAGGUGUUCGUUACAGUGAAAGUACAAGAGAAGACGAAGAGCACUUUAACAACGAUCGAUCGAAUUUGCUGCAGCUUCCUUACCGGUGGCGUUUUAAGUUCCGUAGUGUAAGUGUCCAAUCCGAUCGGUGAGUGUGCGUUCCCGAAGCUUCAAUGUCAAUAACAAUGUGUUCAAGCGUGUCGUGUUAACCUUCUCGUUCGAGUCCCGUGAUCGAACACUGCAUUCGAACAACAAAACUACUCACACACGGAGGAAAAAAAAUCCGAAAAGGUCAACCGGUGCUCCACUACAGCAUCUGUGAGACGUGAGAACCGGCCGGACUCACUGACGUGAGUGCUCGCAAAAACGAUUGAUUAUUACCGGCAAAGAAAGGGUUGGCUGAACUUCGGAUUGGAAUAAUGUGGCUUGUUGAUCUCAACUGUGAAGGACAUCGACAAUUUCAUCUCCGGAUAGCUUUUGGGCGGGUGGGGGUGGAGUGCCAAAUCCGAAAGUUGCCCUCUCGUAAAGAUAAAUUAUUGGGCUACGAAUGCCCGGCUCUGUACCAUACAGUGCACUACACUAAGGGAACCAUAAAUACACCGGAACGUUGUGUGCUAUGAUUUAUGACCGGUCGGUCGGUCGCUCCGUCCAAUCGACGCAUUUGUGGCCAACAUGAUCUUAAGGAACGCGUGAAGAAAGAAUUCACGUUACGGACGGCAUAUUCUUCCCCUGACAGUCGAGCCGAAGACCGAGUAGACGUUUCCGGGGUCUUGUAUUUUUGUUUGCGCCAUCGUUGAUCCGUGACCGGAAAAAGGGAAAGUCAGUCCGUUCUACUUCGGUCAGUGUGCGUGUGUGGCGAUUUCCUUUCUUAAGUCAAGUGCUACUACUGGGGAAUUGUGCAUUGUAUUACAAAUUAUUAGUUUCAAUAUUUGAUUGUCUGGGUAUUUUUUUCUUGCGGUUUAGGUCAUAGGGUCACACUUUUUUAGCUGAGAUUUAUGGUGAUGAGAAUUGAGUUAUAGUUCCGUACAAUUUUUUUUUGGGGAGGAAAAAUAGCUUACCCGAAUUAAAACAAAAUUAAAAAUCUUCAAAUUUUUAUUUAACCAACAAAAAAAUAAUUGUUUUUCUUUCCCUAAGUCAACCGACGCGAACCGACGCACCCGUAUGUGAGAGGGUACGUAUGCAGAAGAAGUGAAUGUGUGUGUGUACCGUGUGUGAGCAGCGAGUGCAAUCUAAACAAAAUCAGCAAAACAAAAUCUGCAUCGAAAGUGAAAUCAAUCGGCUACCGGCCACACUUGGGGCCGCACUGUCGCGAAUGGGUACGAAACGGUACCGGAAGUGAACCGAAGUGAAUCGAAGAAGUUGUGCAGGAAGCGGCGAGCUUACCGAACGUUGGCCGGUGGGAAAAAGUUAAUUAAUCCAAAUAUUGGUCCGCUUUCGUGCAGAGCGGAGCACCCGUUAACCGCGUAGGAGCAAAGGAGCCGGUGGAGUUAGUGUUUUUUUGUUUGGCUAGCAACCAGAUACGGACCCGAUCCCGGUGGUUCGGAAACGGAGCACGAUCAAAGUUUGCCGCCGAUCGAUCGGUCCGGCAGCACCGACAGUAGCUAACCAUCCAGCGGCAUCAGCCGGACAGCAGCAACAUGGAAACGGAGGAAAUCAUCAAACUGGUCGACGGGAUCUAUAAGAACAUAUUGGAAAAGUUCAAUCCCGGAGCACGACAGUUGAUCAGCGCUGGCAAGGCGUACCUGAAGGCACUGCAUGGAGCGUCCACCGCGUCGAACGUUUUCAACGAGGCACUCGCCAAGAUCGCCGUCAAUGCACAACAGGGAGGAACCAUCGACAUUGGUUCCGCCUUGAUGAACAUUGUCGGUGUGUACAAAGAGAUCCAGGACCAGCACAUGAAUAUCCUGAAAGCAUUCUACGUCGAUCUGCUAGUGCCGCUGGAAACGAAUCUCGAGAAGGACACCAAGGUGGUACAGUUCGAGCAGAAGAAGUUUCUCCAGCAGCACAAGAUGCGCUCGGACAGCUACAGCAAGGCGGCCGCCACGAUGAAGAAGUACCGCAAGAAGAACUCGAAAAACACACCCAAGGAGGCGGAGAAGGAAAUCAAGAGCAUUCAGGCGUUCGAGGAGGAAAAGCACAAGCUGGACCAGUUCUGCGAACAGAGCCUGAAGAACGCAAUGACACAGGAACGGCGCCGGUACGGGUUCGUGCUGGAGCGCCAGUGUUCGCUCGCGAAACACUGGAUGGCGUACCAUCACUCCGGGCACAUGAUCAUCGAGAAGUCACUGGACAACUGGAACGAUGUGGCGGCGACACGCGAAUUUCUGCCCCCGAACGUGGAGAACAUGUUCUCGGCCAAGCAGGCGCUGCGGGACGUGGAAGAUGAGGAUGACGAUGAUCGGGAAUCGAUUGCAUCGCAGCUGCGCAAGACACGUUCGAUCGAUGCGUCCUGUCUCGAUAUGCGUUCGCUGGCGGACGUCGCCAACAGUACGCUGCAGAUGCCGCGGGCCAAGUCCGAGUUUAAUCUGAACAACAAUACUGGCACACUGCUGGGUGGUCACCAUCACCACCAUCACCAUCACGGGAUGAUGAUGAUGGGAGGUGGAGGUGGUGGAGGGGGCGGCGCUGGUAGUAUGGUCGGUGGUGGUAGUAACGGCAAACCGGACAUUUCACACUGGGAGCGGCCCACGGUGAAGGCUCUGUAUGCGUACCUGUCGUCGGGCGAGAACCAGCUAAGCUUUCUCGAGGGCGAUCGCAUUGCGCUGGUGGGCGAUCGGGCCAAGGGUUGGCAGUUUGGGGAGAACCUGCGCACGCAAAAGUUUGGCUGGUUCCCGAUAGCCUACACCGAGACCGAGCGUGAUGAUAAGGAGAGCAUCAGUGAGUGGGUAAAGGCUCCACCGAGCGAUAUUGAGCUCGAUCAUACGCCGGACACUUCGCUCGAGAGUACCCUGGUCGAUGACAGUCUGACGAAGAUGUCCGGAUCGUACCACGGAGGUGAGGAUGCGUCUCCAACGCGCAUGUUCGGCGACACGAUCCAGUACCGGCAGUCGAAGCAGUUCCGACGUCUGUCGCGCGGUGAGAAGCCACCGAAGCCAGGACCACCGCCACAGUUGCCAGCUCCGGUGCCGACACCGGUUGUGCCGAACAGUUACAGCGGUGGCAAGCAGCAGCGUCACGAUGGAGCAUCCGGUUCGGGUGGGUCCGGUGGAAUCCCACAGUCCAACAGUUUCUCGUCGGCUGGUGCACCUCCGAUGGCUUCGGAUAAACGCAAAUCCGGUUCGGCUACGAUGAACUUCAGCAAGCCGCCGACAAGCAGCAAUCCGAAGCAGAAACGACAGAGCAACGGAAUGGCCAGUGCCUCGCUGCAUAGCAGCAAUGACAGUGGGUUCUCCAACGAACCACAACCGCAGCCGGAAGCUGAUCUGUACUCUGAUGAGGAACCAGUGAAUCGUGUGCCGAUAAGAUCGGCCCGCUCGGAGAAGAACUUGCUGAACGAUCAGUCAACCCUUACCCGGACGGGUGGUCGUGACAGCAGCGUCCCUUCGCCACGCUACCACGAUGAGGACGAUAUCUACGGUACGAUUGUGCCACCUCGACCACGCCACCAGAGCCAGAUGAUGAUGCGUCAGGCUAACAGCUACGGUAACAUUGCCGAAAGCAACUCGGGAACGCUGGAGUACGGAUAUCGCUCGCGCAACCGUAUGCCGUCGGAAAACCACCCGAACCAGAGCGAUUCGCAGAAGAUUAAGCGUACCAAAUCGUUCUGGAAGUUCUCCAAAUCAGAGGAUCACAUCCUGGAGGGGAUGGCCAUGUGGAAGCACAACGACAUCAUACCGACUGGGCGUGAAAAGCGCGAGAUGGAGAAGAAAGAAGCCACACUGAAACGGAACAUGCGCAAGAAGGAACAGAUCGAGAAGCAGAAACAGAAAGAAAUGAUUGCGGCCAAGGCGGAAGAGGAACAGCAGCAGCAGCAGCAACAACAACAACAGCAGCAGCAGCAACGCCGUAAGGAUAACUCCCGAGGUAACGCUAACGGUAUGAUGGAUAACGAAAGUAACACAAGCACACUGGUGCGAGGUAACAACCGAGAGUCGCGCGACCGUGAUCGAGACCUGCGUGAACCGGCCCGGGAACGUCCGCACAGUAUCGCCAUGAUGCCGGAGCAGGAAAAGUUCCCGAUCACCAAAUCGGACAUCGAUAAGCGCAUCUCGAAGAUAGACCAGGAGUUCCAUCAGCAGCAGAAGAAGGCAAGCCGUGCUGGGCAGGAAGAGGAACGUGGUGGACGUUCGGGACGAGAUCGAGGCGAUGGUGAUCGUAAGCAGUCGAAGGGAGGUGGUAAGAACGAUACCAACAAUAACAAUCGCCAUAGUUACGCUGGGGAACAUCUGCACCGUCAGCAUCAGGAGCAGGAAUUGUACGGUGAGACGCCGAUGAUGGGUGGUAAGCAGGGCAAGCAGGACAAGUACCGGACGACGGAGCGCGAGACGAACAAGAACCGGAACAAUGAUGCGCUGAACAAGUACUACCAGGAUCAGACGUUUGAUGAUUUCUCCAUUAUCCCGGCUGAUUCGAUUAUGAUGCAGGACACUAGCUUCUACGAUGACGACGGUAUGAUGGAUGAUAUGAUGCUGAUGAAGACGGUUCGUCGUAAGGAGAUCCUGAAGCAGUACUACUCCAGCGGUACCGAUACGGAGCGCAACUCGUCCAGCUCCGACCCGUACGAUUGCAUCGUUGUGGAUGAUCAUCUGGUGGCAAAGUCUGGCCGGGAUCGGAAGGGUAACGGAGGUGAUGGUUCCAUGAUGCGCAUGAUGCCCGACCGACGUGGAGAUAAAAAGGAUCGCGGUAUGGCCGAGGACAAGAUGGCGUUCUCUACGUUCCGAGGUGGCGUUUCGGGAGGUAAUGGAGGUCGGGGUAAUCAGAUGGACGAUGAUGACGAUGACACGAUGAUGGCUUCGAUGACGCUGGAAGAUGAGUUGAUGGAGGAAGAGCAACAACAGCAUCAGCAUCAUCAGCAGCAACAACAGCAACAGUCCCGUCAGCAGCAGACCCGCGAUCGCCGAUCGAAGAGCUCCAAGGGUAACUUGGCCGAGUCGAAGUACGAAUCGGAACAGGAAUCCCGCAUCAGUGCUAAGAUGCAAAACAAUGGUCAGUCGCAACAGCAGCAGCAGCAGCAGCAGAAGCGCAAGUCCACCAAAUCGAUCGCCUCGGACGGUAAGGCGUACGGGCCAUGGUAUGACCUGUGGGGUGCGGAUAGCUCAGUACACAACCAGAAGCUAUAAGCCGCACCUCACCUCGAUCGUUUGUUUCCCCCCCCCCCAUCCGUAUGGUGAAUCGAUCUUUAACGAUGGUGUAAAGAUCGCAUUUCAGCCGAAAAGAGCACAUUUAAAGCACACAGAGCAAUCAACAAAAUAGCACCUUCAACUCAUUUACCAAAUCAUCUUUAGCAAGAAACGCUCAUGAAACCGUUCUAGUACAUACCAAUUGCAACAGACAAACAAAGACAACUGACGCACAGGACACACCCACAGCUACUCAAAAUCUUUUUGCACGCGACACGUGCACCAUUUCGGCCUGGAACGAAUGACCACCACCGAGUCGAGGCAACCGUACGCGUCGUCGGGUGGAUCGAUUUUGGUGGACAGAGAGACGGGACAGAACAUGAUUGAAAGACAUGAUUACCACCAUGCAACCAUUCCCAAAUGCAUGCAGGCGAGCUGCAAUAGCAGUUGCGAUGCAAA